CGCGCUGUACGCGCCCACCGCGCGGUGUCCCGUCACUGCAGACUCGAGCCCGCACGCGCGCGAUAGUGUUGCUGGUUUCUGCACAUUCAAACCAUUGUUACCUAGCAAUGGCCACACCCAGUGCACCUCCACCCGAAUAUUACGGCAACAACCAGCCGGGAUACCCUCCUCCUUAUCAGCCGGGCGCGUACUCCAACCCUGGCGUCCAGCCUGGAAACUUUCAGCCACCAGCAGGCCAGCCAUGGGUGUACCCGGUCCCACAGCCCGGGGGAUAUCCUUCCCCCCAGCCGGGGGGAUACCCACCACCACAGUCUGGGGGAUACCAUCAAUCGCAGCCUGAAGGGUUGUCGUCCCCCCAGGGAGGAGGUUAUCCACCACCCCAGCAGGGGGUCUACCCUGGGUUCUUCCUGCCAUCACCACAGCAGCAGGGAGGGUAUCCUGGACAGCCGCAGCCACCGUUCGUACCCCCCACCAUACCACUGCACCCGUCCUUUGGAGGCAUGCAGAGUCCUGGGUAUGGUGGGGUUACCAUUGAGGGUGAGGAGGAUGGGGAUAUGGGCACCUGGGAUGAUCGUAAUGUGCGCCGUGUGUUCGUCCGUAAGGUGUACACCAUCCUGAUGCUACAGCUGCUGGUCACUUUUGGCAUCGUGGCUGUGUUCACUUUCAAUGAAUCAGUGGAGAGGUUUGUGAGACGGACACCAGCCAUUUACUGGACCUCAUAUGGCGUGUUCUUCGUCACGUACCUGGUGCUCAUUUGCUGUACCAAGGCAAGGAGAAUGUUUCCUCUCAACUACAUCUUGCUGUCUGUGUUUACGCUGGCCAUGGCUUACAUGACGGGGAUGCUAGCCAGUUACUACAGUACCAAGUCGGUUCUCAUGUGUCUGGGCAUCACGGCAAUGGUGUGUGCAGCAGUCACCCUCUUCUGCUUCCAGACCAAGUUUGACUUCACAUCAUGCCACGGCCUCAUGUUCGUAUUGUCCAUGGCUCUCCUCCUGACUGGGCUGGUGGCUGUCUUCACUGUGCCAUUUGGAUACAUCCCCUGGAUACAGACGGUAUAUGCAGGCCUGGGCGCUGUGGUUUUCACUUUGUUCCUGGCCUUCGACACACAGCUGUUGCUGGGCAACCGGCGACACUCGAUCAGCCCCGAGGAGCAUGUUUAUGGCGCGCUCAGCCUCUACAUGGACAUUGUGUACAUCUUCACCUUCAUGCUGCAGCUCUUCGGUACCCGCGAUUGACCGUCAUCUUAACUCCUCCACUUGCCAUGCCCUGCUACCUGCGUGCAAGGUGCAUGCCUGCUGGUCAGUCCAUCAGUUGAUCAGGUGUUGUCAUGUGCAAGCAUAAGUAGCAAUUUCCGGUACUUACUACCCCUCAUUCACCCACUCCAGUUGUUCCUGGCCAGUACUUUCGACCACCAGAGGGGAGCUUGUGUAUAAAAUUGUCCUCAUUCGGAUGUGGUAGUAAAAUGUAUCUGUUAGUAUAUGGGAUUGUCCGAUGGGAGUUGUGGUGAGCCACAUGUGUAGUUUGAAGGAUGUAGUGCUAAUGUUUAAGUCUCAGUGUUUAUACUCUAGAGAUAUUAUUGUUCAGCGAAUUGAUGCAAUGCUUAUCAUUCGUGCAACUGGAAUAAGCAAGUAUAUAUAUCUCCAACAUACCAGCAUUGUCAUUACAGCAUUUGUAAAACAUGCAGUGUGUUUAUCGAUGUUUAUAAUUUCAAAAAUCCUACUUGUAGUAGCUUAAGACAUGAAUUGGUACUGUAGGCUUUGUGUUUUAUGCAGUUGUCCACUUGGUUACAUUUAGUUUAUAUUAAUUUAUUUGUUUGACUUACUGAAGAACGUAUAUGUCGAGAGGGUAGUAGUGCCAUUGAUUAAGUUUACUUAAAAUUCAUAUAUACACAUGCAAACUGAAGUAUACCCUUGAGCUUUGAAGUGUGCUCACAAAAUAAAAAAACAAAUCUUAGCCUGAUCAAACAUUUUGGUUGCUUGGAACAAAUUCAGAAAUCUUUCCGAUCACUGAUGUUGCUCCUGUGGUGUUUAUAGUCAAUUUAGAGAAAUAUGCUCAUUCGCCCCAUAUCGAAAGACCACUGCAAUGAAGCAGGUGACGUUUGUUUAAGUUUGUGCAAGAUUCAUUUAGCAUCUGUGAUCUCGGGACAACCCCGUCAGAUCCAUACCCUGUCACUUUUUCCUAGUCAAAUGUAAUUUUGGCAUGGACUUCUGCAGAUAAGCAGCUGUGCAGUGUAAUAAUGAAUCUUAUGUAUAUUGGGGUUCUCUGCUCAUCCAAAGUCCCAGUGAUUUUUUUCGGAGGUUUUAAUUGACGAAUGAGCACAACGGGUUAACUAGUAUGUGCUGGUGGUGGGUGGAUGUUAACAAGAUGCUGGGGUGGGACAAGCUUUUAUCACGUGACUCGUAGAAAGCAAGAGUGUUGUGUGACUCAAUCUGUUUUGCAGCCAGAUGAAAUACACGCUUCUAACUUUAUGGUACAAAUCUUGUACACUUGUCAUGGCCGAUACCUAUCUUAAAUCCCCUUGCCCAUUCCUCCCCAGUCUCUAGCAUGAUGAGAAGUAAUUUAAACACCCAGAAGAAGCAGUCUAGUCAACCCAAAGGCAUCAUUUCUUUUGAGAUGGCAUUUUGCCAUCGCAUUUAAGGCAGAGCGUUUCCUGCUGUGAAUGGCUUCGCAAGUUUAGGUAUAGCAUGCGUGUGCAGUAGACAACAAACACGUUUGAACAGACCACUUAAUGCUAUUAUGCUUCUCAGCUUAGAUCGUCACCCACACGCGCCAGUGUUUGGGGUGCACAACCCGAUAUUAGACAUGCAUAACUUCCUUAUAUCGUGAUGCACUUUUUUUGUCAGUAGAGGAUAGAUUUACACUUCUACAGGUACUGCAUGCUGAUACAGAAAAGCCAGUCUCAAGACCGAGAUAAGCUAUGUAAACUGUGCAAUGCAUUAUGAAAGUGUUCCUGGUGUAGAUAUGGCAUAGGUUCAGUGAUGAGCAACUCCAGGCCCUUAUGAGCCACAGUCCCACUUUUAACAUCAAUGAACAGGUGGUUGAAUAAUGGCAUAAAGCUUUCGUGACUGCAGGAAUUCAUAUUCAUUGGGUCUUUCGGUAAAGUCACGUAGAUGGUUCAAAGAGUAUAACAAAAAACUAAGUUUCGAUCCAAACACAAAUGAUCGUCAUCCUCCUGAUGUCAUAGUUUUUUGUUAUUUUCUAUAAACCAUCUACGUGACUUUACCAAAAAGACCCAAUGAAUAGGUGGUUGAAUGUGAAGUGAUGUGUGGAUCAGUAGGCAUGGGGUUGCUUUUGCCAAUUUAAUAUAACAGAGCCCUGUUACAGAUGUGAAAUUUUACUUGAGAUUUUUUUCUUGCCGUAUAGUAUGACUUUAAAGGUAAAUUAUUCUUGGUGGUAGAAAUUAAAUGUAGCAGCUGCAUUUUUUAAUCAGUCACUUGGCUUCAAGAAUAUCAAUCGACAGAUCUGCCCAACUGUUAUCUGUUGUAGUCGUCACACCAUUAUACAUGUUGUGGGGUCUAUAUUGAGACUGAAUGAUGCAGCUUGUUGCAUUUACAUUGGCUGUGCUCAUAUGAAAAUAAUGAGUCAAUGUAAAUAGUCACUGUUAUUUCAAAACUGAUGCUGUGUAUUAAACUGUUGGAUGACUUCAUCGCGAAUAACUUGUCAUUUGAC